AUGUAUGCCAAAUGCAGACAAAGUGGAUUACGUGUGAGGAAGGAGGAUGUUCGACUGGUGUUGAAGGAGCUGGACCCCACAGGAGUACAAGCAAGGAAAUCAAGACGUCUCAGACGACGGAACUACUUUCCCAAAGGAAAAAAUUUCAUCUGGCACUUUGACUCGUAUGAUAAACUGAAGCCUUAUGGUAUAUGUGUUAAUGGGUGCAUCGAUGGCUUCUCGCGAAAAAUAAUUGGGCUCAAUGCCUUUACGUCAAGUAGUGAUCCAAAGUUGAUCGGGGGGUAUUAUAUCGACGCUGUGAAGCGCUUAGGUGGGUGUCCCAGAGUUGUGAGGGGGGACCUUGGAACUGAAAAUGGCCAUGUGAGAGGAUUUCAGCGCUUCCUUGUCCCCACCGAUGGUACACUUGAUAGCUACUUGGAAGGUGUUAGCACAGCCAACCAAAGAAUAGAGUAUUGGUGGGGGUUUCUGCGCAAGGAAUGUGUGGAGUUCUGGAUGUCAAUGUUUUUGGACCUUCGUGACAACGGAUUCUUUGAUGGCCAAUUCCUCGACAAAAACCUCCUGCAGUUUUCUUUCAUGGGACUAAUGCAGGUGAGUGUGCGUAACCCAUGA